AAGAAAAGUGAAAAUAGUGUUAUUGGUUCGCAAGAUUCACACUACGGCAGCACAUAAGUAGACCUGUAAUGAUAUAGAAAUCUCAAAAUUAAUUUCAAAACUCCUAGAGCAAAAUAAAAAUGGCAAAUCGACAAUUUCCAUCUGCUUUUCUGAAGUCUGUGUUACAAAACGGAGUUGGACGAUAUGUGUGCCAGUUGCAACGACUGACUUUCCAGUUUAGUAAAGUCCAUGGAACGAGCAGAGGUGUUCGGGACUACAUAGAAGAGGAUAUCAUUGACUUUGCACGGAAGAAUCCUCAGGUGGUACUCUACGUCACUCCACAUAACAAGUUUUCUAGUCCAAGGAUAGUCGCUGAAUUCUUGAAUGGCACCAAGCGAUCCGUUCAACUGAGCACGCUCGACAGGGAAGAGGUCUCCACACAAGUCGACCUUCUCCGCACCCAGUCAGGGAACGACCUGGUGCGAAUCCGCAGGCCCUACCAUACAGACUUCCCCAGUAUUCAGGGAGCCUGGCAUCCGUUCGCAAACAAACCUACAAACCUCAACAUCGCAGAGUUUCCGACCAAGGAACCCACCUUCGCUCAUCCCAAGACAAGGAGAUGGGAUGUCCUGGGCAGAGAGGAGAUGGAAGAUCACUUGAAGGAAGUGAUCAAGCAGAAGGAGUCUGGAUCAUGAAAACUUGAAGACUAUUCUGGACAUUAAAGCUUUGUGCUCGAGAGAUCUUCCAUUGGGGAAAAAACCCCAAGUCAUUGGACAUUUUUGUAUGUGAUUGUGAUGAUCAUGAUUCUCUUGUGGUUGAAGUUGCUCAUGUGUGGGUAUAUAGAGGGCAGCACAUGGACGUAUGCACAGGAGCGUAAUACCCUUGGCUCAGUGUUAUGUAGUGAUUGCCAAGUUGCCUACUUCACAAACGACUAUUUACCCUUGCAUGAACAUCUUUAGUUGAAAAGUGGAGACAUGUGAAACCUCAGAAAGGACAUUAUUGUAUAUGAACAUUCACUUCAUAAAAAGUACCGAUAUAUAAAUGUACAAUGUACUUUAUCAAAGUUAAUUUCAAUAAAGUGUGAAUGAAUGAUAACUUUCAA